CGGAUCAUCAAGGUGUCCUGUCCCCUCGACACAGUGCGGAGAAAGUGCAACAUGUCAAUGCAUUAGUCGUUGAAUCGAGAGAAGAGCUUGCGCACAUCUACAUCAGUGCAUCUGUUAUUGGACAUGGAAGAGGUCGAACAGAGGUCCUCUCCCCUCGCUGGGCCUGGAACAACACGAGCAAAUCGACGACUGCAACUACGAAAGAAUGGCUUCCGCGGUCGCGCCCUGCCCAAUCGUAACAUUACGCCCAAGCGCAACAUCUCGGACGCAUGGUCUUCGCCCGCUCCACAAGACAACACACCCACCUCCGAUCUACCUCAAGCAGAGUCGGCCAGGACAGAUCUGAGUACAAGAGGGAGAUCGUCGAGCAUACUGCAAGAAGUCAGCAACUCGAGUUUGCGAAGGAAAGACAAGAACAAACACAAGCACGACUCUGCCUUGUCCAUUUUUGCAGACGAGAAUGGGCAGGAGAAGCUGUGGAGCUUUGAGUCGUCGCCAGCAUGUCUCCCGCCCGAAGCGCCCAACUUGACAAAGUCAAGAAAGAAGCAUGCACGCACGCAAUCAUACAAGAGCAACCCCGACACGGAACAAGCUGAUCAACACAUUGCAUAUCUCGAGUCCGAGCUCGCCGUAUACCAAACUCAAUUGGCCUCGUUGACCUCGCCGUCUGUAACGAAAGAAAAGGGCCAAAAAUUACGCUUGCUGGGUCAAGACAUCAGGAGACUAGAAGAAGAGAACGCUCGCUGGGAGGCCGAAUUUGAUGAGCGAGUGCUGCAGGUCAUGCAAGAACAUGAUGGUAUCGAGUACAACUUGCGCGCCAGGAUCAACAUGCUCGAAGCCGACAGCGACAACUACGCUCAAAAGGUCAAAGAACUCCAAGCUCAACUUGAUGCAACAAGAAAGGCUCUGGACAUUGCAGAGUCCGCGAACAUCGAGUUCGAGAAGAGAUUGGAGACGUUUGCACAUCUGCUCGUCACUUCGCCCAUCAAGUCCGAGACACCGCUUGCUCAACCACCCUUUACCAAGGAAUCACGCAGUACCAGACAGAAGAGGUUGUCUUUCCAUCGCUUCCCUACUGCUGGCUCCCUGCACCAAGCAAGCAUGUUUGAGCAGCACGAGCACGAAGAGAGCAGACCGCACAGCGAACCCGUCGUGCAAGACUACUUCGAUAAUCCUGUCAGCGAUGCCGAGUGGGAUCCCUCUAAACGAGAGUCCAUCAUCAGCGACGCUUCACGCAACAGCAUUGAUUUUAGCCUUUUCUUGAACAACGAGCCUCCGCCAUCAUCCUCCCGUGCUCGUCCGAAUCGAAGGAUGAGAAGAUUCCAUGGUGGAUCGCAUCUACCUAAGCCUUUGAUCCUGUCGGCUGCACAACUCGCACCCAUUCCCGCUUCGGCACCUCCACACGAACCUCAUGAAUCUCCUCGGGCCUUCCCUUUCCCAGAUAUUGAUCUGGUGCCCAGAAGAGCUAGUUGUCAUGAGUUUAGUCCGCUUACUGGACGUCGACGGGCAAAGACAACCACGGAUGGACUAGACCCAUCACUUCUUCAACCCUUCUCAAGACCCACGAACCCACCGAUGUCACUCCCAUGCUCAGCCGACCAAGAAGAUACAACACCCACUCCGCAACAAACAAGUAGCGAUUCAAACAAUACAUCAACAGACUACUCCUCCAUAGGACCCAACCUAGGUCGAAACCUUCUCGAAGAACUCUCGGCCGUUAGACACGACGAAGACUCUCAAACCGCAUCCUCAGGACCCACCCCCUUUGCAACUUUAAUCUCAAAGCCCCCGGACUUUUCCUCCCACAGCACCAGUAUCCAACGCAACAUCUCCGGCGCCAUGAGACUACGCCAUCAACGCAGCAUGUCCGAAGCCACAGGCCUCUCCCUAUACCCACCUUCCCGUCAAGUUUCCUCAUCCCGCCCAACACCUCUGCGUCCCAAUGGCGUAUUGGCAAAAGUCAAGGAACUGUUACGUUCACCCUGGAAACUAGCCAGGAGAUGUGUGAGACGUGCUCAUCAGGCUUUUUUGCUCUCGAGGACUGUUAAUAGGAUUCAAUGGGUUUUGUUGCAUGCGCUGUUGGGGCCGAUGGCGACGAGGAGAUUGAUGGCUUGUUCGUUGCAUGAGAGUGCUGUUUUGAUGCAGUCGCCUUGUCGCUCUUCUUCUUCUUCUCGUAGGGUUUCUGCGGAGAGGCAGAGGAGGGAAAAGGAGGAGGAGGAGGAGGAGGAGGAGGAGGGCUUUGAUGCUAAUGAAGAGGUGGAGGGUUCGCCAUGUCCUUUGAGACGACGACGUAUUCCUCACUCUUCCUCUUCAUCUCCCUCUUCUUCUUGUGUUUUCGAAACUACGACAAAAGAGAUUGGGAAUAGAAGCAAGAAAGUGAGGCAAGAAGCACCAAUGUUGAGCCGACACUCUCCAUGGCUGUGGGUCAGGUUCUCUCUUACUCUGGCUUUUGCGGUCGCUGCUGCUAUCAGAGAAGGCCCAGGGGCGCUGAUGAUGGAAUGUCAGAGUGAGGGCGGGUGUGAGAAGAAGGAGUGUGCAUGUCUCGGAUGCAUGGGCAGGGAAUUGAGGAAGUGUCGUGAUGAUUGAGCGUUUGUGAUCAUUAUGGGUUCUGGCCCUUUUUUGGUAUAGAUUUGCAAUGAUAGCAUGACCGGGGAAAUUUGCACAUGGACAAUUGUAUACAACGGAAUAAAACAUGGAUGUUUACCUUUUUCACUUGUUUUCCCUUUCUCGGAGACUUUUUUUUCCUUUUUUCUUUUUGUGCAUGGCUGCCAAAUCCAAUACAAUGAUGAGAAAGCUAUCAGGUUGUACUUUUCACCU